AGCGAUCAAAACUCAAAACACAAAACAGGACACCGUUCGCACAGGAUUUGGGCUGUUCCGUUAGAGCUUCAGAAGAAGAAGGUGGUAGAAUAGAACCUCUCAAAGAGUGAGACACAGACAGAAAAAGCAUCGAAAUGAGUUACGAGAGAGGUCCUCAAGAUCAUUAUCCUCCUCCCGGUUAUUCCUCUCCUUAUCCCCCACCGGGCUAUCCAUCAGCCCCUCCUCCCCCAUCUUACGAAGGCUAUCCUCCUCCGCCAACUGGAUAUCCUGCCUAUCCUCCUCCGCCGCCUCGCCAGCCCUACGACGGUUACCAAGGCUAUUUUGCUGAAGGGUAUCCACCUCCUCCGCCCCCUCAACCUCAUCCUCAAUAUCAACACUACCACCACUAUGACCCUUACCAUUACCAGAACCAGUCUGAUUCUGGCUGUUUCUCUUUCUUGCAAGGCUGUUUGGCUGCUCUAUGUUGCUGCUGUGUGUUGGAGGACUGCUGCUUCUUCCUAUGAUAUAAUUCAUGAAGGAUGAAUUAUUUCAUUUACAUUUCUGGUUCUGCUAUGCUUCGCUGCUACUGUUUGGGAGGGGGGAGAAAUGCCGCUAAUAAUGAGUUCUACCCGGCAUUUAUGGUAGUUGUUACUGUUCUGUAAACAGUUGGUUGUAGCGAUUCCCUGCCUAAUCCAAUUUGAUAGUUUAUCUACUUUUGAACUUUGUAAACAGAAGCUUGCUUUAUAAAUACAUUUGCUGGGUGUAUCGAUUAUCUGUACAA